GUUGUAUCUUCCGAGGUUACGAAAACCCGGACAAGGCUUUGAUUUAUAAACCCCUUUUGACUCCAACCUCCAAUUGACUAUGUACACCGUCAUGUGGCCCUUUAUGACCUUCGACCCCAAGUCCCCUAAUUUUAAUUCGUGAUCGCCAGUGGAGAAAACAUGUACUGCAGUUCUUGUGCCACUUCAGGAAAUAACAAUAUCCUGACCUACGGCUUUGGUGCGUCAUGUAAUCGAUGUGACCCCCGCCUCGUAACGAGACACAACAUGUUCAGCAUACCGAGCCACCCGCGCUUGGUCUGAUGCUCUCCCCUUUAUAACUUGACCGGAUCAUGGCCUAAAAGUUAAAAUUCAUGUUCCCUUGCCUUCUCACCUACAUAUCCUCUCCUACCCCGUCCUAUCACUUAUACAAACCCAUAGCCGUCGUCGCCAUGGCUACGUUCGCGAGUCUUCCCGCUGAGUUACGUCUAGAGAUCUGGGAUCUCGCGUUACAUCAGGAAGCACGCGAUCGCUUACUUAUAAUUGGCCAGACCAAGAAUGCCCCCAUCACUAAUGAGUCGCCGCUCUGUCUCUUACCCCUCAAGCACCACGCAAGUCCGCUGCUCUCGGUCAAUUCCGAGAGUCGCUAUCAAGCCAAGGCCUUCUACACAGCUAAGCUUGACGUCUACGAAGUCCCUCGCCUCUCCAAAGAAGACGUCGGUCGUAACAGCAAAUGCUCAUACCAAGUGCAAUACAUCAACAAAGCCAUCGAGACCGCUAGCGUAGUGAAGGGCUCUAUCUAUCUUAGCCCGCGAUAUGACUUCUUCGUCUCGAUUCGAGGCAUUGACACCUUCCCGUAUCUCCAGGAAGAAAAGAAGGAAGACUUGCUCGACAAGCAACAAGAGAAUCAAGAACCCCCCCGCCACUAUAUCACGGCGAAGAUACCACCGGAGAUCGCCAUGAAAGUCCGUAACGUCGUCUGUAUACAGAAGAACCUAGACAGAGACGACGACUUCUACGACUGGUGGUGGACAGACACGUACAUGGAGAAUCUCCUAUACAACCGGGAGGAACUCGUGCGAUAUCUCUGCGUCCCACCAUUCCGUCCCCGUUUAUAUGGUCCCGUUUACGUCAAAUACCUCUGGAGAGCAUCCGAUUUCAAGCAGAUACAGAACUACCUGCAUCUAUGGCUACCGCAAGAAGAAUUAGAAGGCUUCAUUUCCAGCGUGAUCAAAAACCGUGGUCGCGGCUCUUACGACUUCCGGGAAUGGUCACUGCAUCCGGCUAAUCGUAUACCCAAGUUGGUAUUACUCGAUCUAAACGAGGAGCCACAGAAGCAAGACGAAGAUUGUGCGCCAGUUAAGGCACAAGUCAAGACCUUAUGAUAAAAAGGAACUGAGAUUACUUAGUACGAGUUAUUUUUUUCUGGAUUUGGCGUUUUGGGAUUCGGUUUAGCAUUCGGGGGAUUUGGGUCCUAUACCUACUGCUUAAUACCUCGAGAAUCUUUCGCGGCGAAACAUUUUUGUAAUUAAGGGUAUGCCUCAUGAGACUUUGGGAGUUGCGGUAAAUAGGUGGUACUGAGGAAAAUGGGUAUGAUGAUCCACACGUAGCAAUACAUUCGCUUUUGCAUUUCUCAACAAUACGCAAUGCGCAUAACCUACCUAAGGUAGCAAUCGGUCCGUCAAUCGUCAAUCAUCUCCACCAGUUUAGUUUCUCCAGCUGCCGCAUCAAGUAUUUCACCUCGCAGGAAAAGCAACUUCAUCACAAACAGAACUCAGCAAAACAAUACGUAAAAGCCAUGUGAUGGAACAUAUAAACAGUGCUAAUACAUUCGAUAUAUAUUA